CCUCCCCCCCCCCCCCCUCUCUCUCUCUCUCUAAGCAGACACCUCAGACAAGCAGACAUCUCUCUCUCUCUCUCUCUCUCUCUCUCGAGCCAUGACCGACAGAGUCUUUCCCUCCGCCAAACCCACGGCGAACGGCGGCACCGCCACCCCGACAUUCCCCGCAACAAAGGCCCAGCUGUACGGAGCCACCACCCGCUCCGCCUAUCGCCCCCAGCCCAGCCGCCGCCGCCACCGCCGCGGCUGCUGCUGCAGAUGCUGCCUCUGGACCACCGUCGCCUUCCUUGUCCUCCUCCUCCUCAUCGCCGCCGCCGCCGCCAUCUUCUACGCCCUCUACCGCCCCCAACGCCCCUCCUUCUCGGUCACAUCCUUCCGGCUCGCUUACCUCAACACCACCUCCUCCGGCGUCAGCUCCAAGUUCAACCUCACCGUCACCGCCCGCAACCCCAACAAGAAGGUCGUCUACAUCUACAGCCCCACUUCCAUCUCGGUCCUUGCGAGCGACGUCGACGUCGGAGACGGGAAAUUCCCGGCGUUCGUCCAUGGCAAACGGAACUCGACCGUCCUCAGAUCGUCGAUAACGAGCAACAAUCAGCCACUGGACAGCGAUUCGCUGAGCAAACUGAAGUCUGCAUUGAAGGGCAAGAACGGCGUGCCGUUGAAGGUGAAGUUGGAUACGAAGGUGAAGAUGAAGGCAGGGGGCUUGAAGACUCCGAGGAUCGGGAUCAGGGUCACCUGCGACGGGAUCAGAGCUACUGUUCCUGCAGCCGGAAAAGCGCCGGCGGUGGCGUCGACGGCGAACGUCAAGUGUAAGGUCGAUACGAGGAUCAAGAUCUGGAAAUGGACUUUUUAGAGAAAAAUUAGUAAAACAGGGGGAAAUUUCACAAAAAAGUGAGAGUAGGGAGAUUCUUUAUCUUUUCUAAAUUUACACCGACAAAUUUUAUUUAAGAAUAAAAACUAAAAAAAUGUUUUUUCUUUUUUCCUAAAUCCAUGUGAACCCAUGUUUUCCCCACCUAUAAUUACGUAAUUAUUAUGAUUAUUAGGAUAAGAAAUGGCAGCUCACAUGGAUGGUUAGAACUUAGAGGUGUUUCGGGGUCAUUUUGUGCUUUUCUUUUAAUUUAUUUUGAAAUGUUAGUGUAAUUUCUCUCUUUUUUUUUGUUAAUGUAAUUUCCAUUUUAUAGAUUUUAUUUGGAUUUUUGCUUUGUUGAUGGUGAUGGGUUUGUAAAUGGAAGGGUGUGGAGUGUUCUUGAUUGGAAUUUAGGGGGGAAAGUGAUGUUUUAUUUGUAAUAUUAAAGAUGUCAUCAUAUAUCAUGUGUUCUUGGCUUUUAAAUUUUCUUGAAAUUACAAAUGAUGAUUGGCGCUU